AGUGUAUCAUACUUUAGGUCAAACGGCUCUCCAUGUCGUGGCGGAUCUCACUCUAAAGAAGCCGGGGGCCAGAGUGGUUUGGGGCGGGAAGGCGUGCUCCGUGUCGGAGGCGUGGCUUGAAGUGGCUCGCCUUCUCGUGGAAAAAGGAUGCGACCCGAGGAUAAAGGACCACCGAGGCCAAAUUGCCUCGAAUAUCGCAAGGGGGAACAAUAACUUGCAACUGGCUGUAUUUUUUGAAAAAGAGAGCAAGGCACGAGGGGAGAUCAAUCGAAAACUCGCCAAGAGCAAAUUCCCCGAAUUAGUGAGGGCGAGCCAGGAAGGAAACACGUUCCGCAUGAUGCAGCUGCUGAUGGAGAACGUCCCCACACUCCCGAUGGCUGCCGAAAAGGACCCUCUGAAAGAAGCUCUUCGCUACAGACACCGCGAUGCGGUGUUCUUGCUUCUAGCAGCCGGAGCUCCCUUGUGUAACUAUUAUGUUUCCCACCUAACUUCUUUAGAGGUAUCCCAUCACAUGGUUGGACAACCUGCUUUAUUCCCAGCAAUCAUGAGAAAGGCCUAUGAGGACAGACUAACCGAUGAAGAGGAGAGAGCCAGCAGUCACAAUCAUCCGAUCGCUUCCUUUAUAAAUAAAUUGAAAACCCAAGUCAUGGAAAUCGGAGAUGAAGCACAUCUGACGUUUGAAGGAGACCUUGCUGCGAAAGCUGGUGAAGUGAAAAAACAGCUUCUGGAGGCUGCUGGCCUUGGCCUUUCCUUAACCUGUCAGAUGAUGAGUCAAGAAGAUUUGUGCUUUCAUCGCACUUCAGGAGAAGAGACUCCCCUUGAAAAGGCACUUCAGGCAGAACAUCACGACACAGCAUAUGCACUGUGCAGAGAUUUGGUGGGUUUAUGCCCUUUUAUAAAUGCCAGAAAGCCCAGUUUCAGGACGUGUGGACAAGAUUACACCGAGAACCAGGAAAAUGAGGACGACGGGGACGAGCGGGCCACGAAGAUGCCCAGGACAAGAUGUGAGAAUGAGAUGAUCUGA